GACAAGGGUAAGUGGGGAAAGAGGCUCUUUUAGAAGCUUCUGAGAGAAGUUUGAGGGCGGCUGUUAGUAGUAGUCGCGCGGCCGACGGGUAUCUUCGUGGGAUGGGGAUUGUGACUGAGGGGAUCUGCGUUAACCCUGGCAGAAGGGGGAGGAGAACUGUGUGCUUUCCUUAUACAUCAUUGCAGAAGAGGACUUCAAUAGAUGAAAAUGAUUGAAGUCUUGGUAUUGAAGAUUGAAGACCCAGGUUGCUUUUGGGUCAUUGUAAAAGGAUGUGGGCCUUUUGUAGACCGUGAAAUGGAAUAUAAAAAACUGCAUGCUGAAAUGAAUCAGUUCUAUAACAGAGAUGUGGAGGAAGUAAAGCCAUUAACAUUAGAAGAAGGGCAGGUUUGUGUGGUUUUUUGUCAGGAACUGAAAUGCUGGUGUAGAGCAGUUGUUAAAUCAAUCCUGUUCUGUGCUGAUCAUUACCUGGCAGAGUGUUUCCUUGUGGAUUAUGCCAAGUAUACUCCUGUUAAAACAAAAAACAUUCGGGUCGCAGUGGAAGCAUUUAUGCAACUCCCAUAUAGAGCGAAAAAGUUUAGACUGUACUGCACAAAGCCAGUCACGUUGCAUAUAGAUUUCUGUGAAGACGCUGCAGAAAUAGUACCUGCAAAGAGAUGGGACAGUGCUGCUAUUCAGUACUUUCAAAACCUUCUAAAAGGAACCACCCAGAUUGAGGCGAAGUUAUGUGCUAUAGAAGAUGACAAUUUUGAUGUUUAUCUUUACGUAACAAUAAAAGAUGAAAAGGUAUGUGUUAAUGAUGAUCUCGUUGCAAAGAACUUUGCUCGUUAUGUGAUGACCAAAGAGAAAACAGUUAAUUCUGCCAAAAGUCAAAAGCCAUGGUCCUCAUUAAGUCUGAAGUCUUCUCCAGAGAAAGUCAUCAGUCCUGCACUUGCUCUUUGGCCAAUGUUAAUGCAGGGGAAGGUUCACAAUAAUCUUGAAACAAGUGAUGAUGCUUCUAAUUCUUUUCUUGAAAAGACAUGCAGAAAAAUUGCUGCACCUGCUUUUAAUGGAAAAACUGAGUCUGCUGUCAGAGCAACUGUGGGUUUCUCUUUUAAAGAAAAUAUAAAUAUUUCUGCACAGCCUACUGUGCAGGUAAACAGGCUCCUGCAGUUUUUGAAUCCUGAUCCUUUGAAAACUGAUAAUAUUCAUUAUGAACAGCAGGAGUUUCAAAAGAUCAAUACAGAACAACCUCCAAUUGUUCUCAACAACAAAAUAGAGCCAUGUUCAGUUCUUGAAACAACACCACUUUUGGUAGAUCUGAAAAAGGAGCUUCUCCGAAAUAAAUAUCUAGGUCCUAAUCUCACGGAAUCCUACUGUUGGCCACCAAUAGCUCGUGGAUGUGACUCAGUUGUCAUUUCUCAUCACGGAAAUGAUCCUCUCUUGUAUAUUCCACCAGUUCUUACAUUUUUACAAUCAGGAAGCUGCUACAAGUCACUGCCAACUAGGAAUGGGCCAAUAGCAUUAAUCGUAUGUCCUGGGUGGAAGAAAGCACAACUUGUUUUUGAAUUAUUGGAAAAAUAUGGCAGAUGCUCCAGGCCACUUCAUCCAAUGUUGAUAUUAUUAGGACUGAAUAAAGAAGAAGCCAAAAAUGUGAAACUUCAACGAGGAUGUGAAGUGAUUGUAACUACACCAUACAGCCUUUUGAGACUGCUUGAACACCAUAGCUUAUUAUUUCUUAGACUUUGUCAUCUUGUUUUUGAUGAGGUUGAUAAUUUGUUCUCUGAAGCUAGCAAACAAAUAUUUAUUAUAUUAGAAUAUUACAAGAAAACAAUUACUAUUGAAGAACGGGAAUCGGCACCACAUCAAAUUGUUGCUGUUGGAAGUCAUUGGAGUAAACACAUAGAACAUUUAACAAAACAGUUCAUGAAUGAUCCUUACAUUGUGAUAACAGCUAUGGAAGAAGCUUCCAUAUAUGGAAAUGUGCAACAGGUGGUGCAACUUUGCUUGAAUUGUGAGAGAACCUCUGUAUUACUCCAGAUACUGGAUUUUACUCCCAGUAAAGCUCAAAAGACCCUGAUUUUCACUGAUUCUGUGGAUGAAACAGAAAUGGUCUAUAAAGCAGUGGAGAGUAGUUCCAUAUUCUGCUUGAAAGUACACAAAGAAAUUGAAUUUCAUUUCAAAUAUGCUGUAGAGCAAUGGAAGAAAAAAUUUAGUUGUGGCACCCAUGUUGUGUUAGUUUUAACCGAUGACUGCAUGCCGUCCUUGGGAAUUACUGAUGCAAAUUGUGUAGUUCAUUUUAGUUUUCCUGCUUCUCCAAGAGUCUUUGGUGUGCGCUUACACAGCAUGUCUGAUAACUUCCAGAACGUACUAGAAAAGGGUUCCUCUGUAGAUCAAAUAUAUACAAAGGCAAAAUCAAUCUUACUGCUGACAGAAAGAAAUAGAUGCCAUGCAGUUGGUGUACUGCGUUAUUUAGAACACACAGAAGCUAAAAUUCCACUGGAAUUGUGUGACUUUACAGCGGGAGUGCUUGAGGCUAAAGAAGAUAUGAAACUUGCAAGGCCUCUUUGUCAGUACCUUAAAAGAUCUGGUGUUUGCAAGGAUAUGAGAAUAUGUCCAGAUCGUCAUCGAGUUCACUUGCAAAUAGACUUACCCCAAAAGAUGUCAGAUAACACUAUACCAAUGGCUGGAUGUGUCACAAUAGUACCUCUCCACAUUGUGGAUGCAACAAACUACUUCGGUCGCAUAAUAGAUAAACAAAAGGAUCAAUAUGCAAUUCUUGAUGGCGAUAUGAUUGAGUAUUUUAAGGAAGCCAGGAAUAAAGUGUCCGUUGAUAUGGUGGAGAAACUAGCACUGUAUGGAUUACAUGAAGAAGGUCUUUUUCACAGGGUUCAAGUGUUGGAGAUACCCCCAAAAGAAGAAAAUUGUUUCUUCUACAAUGUUACUAUCAGGUAUAUAGAUGAAGGCAGAACUGGUCAAGUUCAGGUUCAUCGGCUGUUUCACUUACCUACAAGAUUUCAAAUUUUGCCCCCGCAGGCUGUGGAAUUUAUUGUUUGUAGGGUGAAACCUAUUGAUAAUGAAAUCGAAUGGAACCCUAAGGUUACUAGAUAUAUUCAUCACAAAAUUAGAGGAAAACUUCAUGAAGCAAGAAUACUGCUUGCCUUGGGAAAUACAAUUUGGGUUGAUCCAAUGGUCCGGGUCACCAGGCUUUCAGAGUUGAAGACAUCUAUCAAUGAAUACAAUAUUCGAUCUGAGAUUUUGUCUAUGGGAAUGGGAAUUGACAAUCCAGAACAUAUAAAACAACUUCAAAGGUUGUGUGAUCAUGCAAAAAUGUUAGCUCUUGAGGAGAAAACCUUUCAAACUUUAACGAUCUCUUUUACACCCAAAAGAAAUGCGUUGGAGCAGGAUGCGGACAGCCCACAGAGUGUGUUGGAGCAGGAUGCGGACAGCCCUCAGUGUAUGCCGGAGCAGGAUGUGGCCAGUCCACAUAGCUUAUUAAUGGGAGAAAAUUUCACAGACAUUUGCAAUAGCUCUCCAAUGACUUCGGAAAAUCAUCAGUGUGAUACUAUAUCUGAACUUAGGAAAGCAGAAGAAUCUACACAGCAUCAUCGUAAAUGUUUCUAUCCAGAAAUAAAAUGGUUUCAAAAGGAAGAUAUUGUUACCAUGAAGAUAAAAUUAAGAAAUAUACGUGACUAUAAAUGUGAUUUUUUUAGAGACAAGGUUGUUUUCAGUGCUUUUUCAGGAGACAAAUUUUAUGUGGCUGACAUGGAGUUACAUGGAAACAUACUUAAAGGAAAGUCUGUUUGUGUGAUUAAGAAUGAAGAACCUGUGAUUAUCCUUGCAAAAGACAAGAAGGAAUUUUGGUGCCGUCUACUAAAGCAUAAGAACCCUAAUGUGUCUCUUGAUUUUGAACACUGGGAAGAUUUUGAAGAUAAAAGCCCCUUUCCUGUUGGUGCACAAAAAGCACAUCGUUCUUCUACAUUGAUAACAGAAGAAAUGGAAGAAUGCUCAGAAGAUGGUGGAACAGAGAGUGAUGACUAGCCAGCAGAUAAAUCUCUGUCAAUCCCUUUUCUUCUCUCAGCCCAGAAUGAUGCUUUAAAGAUUGUUUUGCAGCCCUUAUUCAGAUGAGUAUUUCCUCUAAACUCUAUGGAGCUAUUUGCAGAGUUUAAGGGCUUCAGGAUCAAGUCUGUUUAAUUUUUUUAGUAAAAUAAUAGUGAAUGGAGCCCUUUUAUUGUAUUAAAAUAUGUUGUUUGAUUUAUUUUGGAUACUUGAAUUUGAAAUAUUUUAUACCAUGCAAGAAGAAAGGUUAUGUAUGUUCCUCUCAAUGUUUUUUGUUAAUUUACUUUAAAACAGCAUUGUCACUUAUUGAUGGUGUAGUGUAUAAAAAACUAUGCUGCCCAGACAGCAAAAAUAAAGAAAAGGACUAAACUGGGUGUGGGGAGCAAAUAAUUGGUUUAGUGGAUUGGCAAUAAGUUGCAGAACUUCUAGGUCACUGAUGCAUGUUUAGUCUAUGUUAACAAUGAUUAAAAACUAUUGCCAUGUUAUGAUUUUUCACUGGCCUCAGUGAAGUGAAGUGCUUAUUCCAAGACCAAUUCCUAGUGAACUGAUACUGUAUGUAUGUCACAGAAUCAGUAUCACUUUGGCACUACUGGUACCUUUGCUGACAGUUCUGCAUCAAGGUCAGACUUUAAAUGGGUCUGGAGACUCAACUAACUUCUCAAACCUUCUUUCAGAUUAGAGUUGAGGUAUAUUGAGGUAAUGGGAAAGGUUGCAUUGUUCCUGCUCCUGCUUUGCUUGUUCUGUGAAUGGAUGGAUAGAUAGAGGAUUUAGUCUCUUGAUGUCAAUUUGGUGUCAGAUGGUGCUUUUCAUGAGCAUUAGUUGAGAGAGAAAAAAGGACAAUAAGGAAUAGAUUAAUCUUUCUCCCUUUCACACAGGCCAAUUGUAAGGUCUUGCUGCUCAGCACUAAAAUCAUUACUUACAUUUUAUUUAGCAUCUUUCAUCUAAAGAUUCCAAAUCACCCCAUUAAUUAGAUUUGUGUGUAUGCACACAAUCACACACUAUUCUUCUAAUAUAGAAGGUAGUAGCCAUGAAACAGCCCCCAGCAAUACAGCACAACUAUUCAGGACAACAAUUGCACAAUCACAGCUAAAACUACAACGGAAUUUUACUUAGGUGGAAGGCAAUUGUCCAGUUGUGAUUUAGCUAGGACACCAAGACUAAUACCUUUACUCUUGAACAUGCUGCCAGGAAUGUGUGGAUGUCUUUACUUGAAGAACCAAGGGAGCUACAGUAGUAAUAAGUUUAUACUAAUAAUUAUGUAACAUACAUUUGUAGGGUAAAAUGUAAUAGAAGCAUAAAGAGUAACUACCAGCUUGUUUUGCUUCUCCCAAAUAUUACUUUGCUCAGUGGAAAACUGCAGUGUAAUCUAAGAUUGUAAUCUCUUAAAGGUACUGAGUUAGAUGUAUAUUUGAAAAAAUUAAGUCUUGUAACUAUUUUGACAGUCUGCUCAGAUUUGAGUACAGGCACUUUCAGAUUUUUAUAUGAUGGUUUUUAAAAAACAUUAAUUUAAAUGUUAUUCAAGAAUAGAACUUAAUUCUGAUCUUGCUGAACAUUAUUGUAAAGAUGGAUAUGACCUUUCAGAUAAUCUGGAUAAUUCCUUGACAGGGCAAGAUUUUUCCCUUCACUAUAUUUUAUAAUAGAUUGGAAAAUAUGCUUUAGAGAGCAGUUCUGCACUGGCAGGUAGAUCCAUUAGGUGAUAUAACAGAUACACCUCUACCUUGAUAUAACGCUGUCCUUGGGAACCAAAAAA